AACUAGAAAGAAGAUAUGGCUGCUUCAAUCUCAAGAAGAAUUGUCCGCACUUUUGGAUCCUUCACAGCUCUAGGGCGCAGCACCGGCAGCACGAAUGCAUCUGGAAAUGGCUUAAGCUCUCUUCCUAGUCAUCUCAAGUGUGGUGGAAUAAGUUUGGUUUCCGACCGAAAGCACUCCACUUCUAUCUUGACUCCUGAUGACAAAUUUCCUUAUGAUUUACUUGCCAAGAAGACAGUCAUUACACCAGAUCGAACCAUAGGACAAUAUCAAGACUUGGUCAUUCCGGUCACAAAUUUUCAGAACGAAGACAAGGGUUUCAUGGUUUUAGCUGGUGAUGUCUUUGAUGUUCCUAUCAGGAAAGAUAUCAUUCACCACGUCGUCAGAUGGCAGCUUGCCAAACGCCAGCAGGGAACUCAUUCGACUAAAACAAUAAGCGAGGUUAGCGGAACUGGUAGAAAGCCGUGGAACCAGAAGGGUACAGGUCGAGCUAGACAUGGUACACUGCGUGGCCCCCAGUUCCGAGGUGGUUGUGUGAUGCAUGGGCCUAAACCAAGAAGCCAUGCAAUAAAGAUGAAUAAACAGGUCCGAAGGCUUGGUCUGAAGAUAGCACUCUCAGCUCGAGCCGCAGAAGGAAAACUCCUGGUGUUUGAUGAUUUGGCAUUGCCAACGCAUAAAACAAAGAACAUUGUGAACUAUUACAAUCAAAUGGAGGACACGAAGAAAGUCCUCGUUGUGGAAGGUGGGCCUAUCGAUGAGAAGCUGAAGCUAGCCACCCAGAAUCUCCACUACGUCAACAUACUUCCAUCAAUUGGGCUUAACGUUUACAGCAUUUUGCUUCACGACACGCUUGUGAUGUCCCGUGAUGCUGUGGAUAAGAUCAUUGAGCGUAUGCACACUCCAAUUAACCGUUAAAGAGAGAAAAUUUCUUCAAAUAGCAUUCCCAAACUAGAUCACAAGGAAGACAGCUCCAAGACAUUCUGCAUGUAGUUUUUUUUUUUUUUUUUGCUUAAAAAGCAUGUAGUUUCUGUACCUGCAAUUUAUAUCGGUGAUAUGUACUGUUUAUCUCGUCCAUGGCUUGGUCGGUUCAUUGUUUGUUUGGUUUUGCAGUUUCGAAUGCCAAAUUUUUUGUUUUCUUUUGGUA